AUGAAUUAAGACCAAAUUAAUAGUUUUGAGUUAGUAGAUAAGUAAGACACAACUUAAGAUGAAAUCCAUUAUAAUGAAUGCUAUAUAGAACAAUCUGUAAAGUAACAUUUAAAAAUAAAUAUUUAAAGUCCAUGUUAAGAGAUUGGAAUUAAUGUACAAGUUUCUGGAAAAUCAUAUGAAAUUCAAAAUGAUAUAUUAGAAUGGAAUUUAGUUGAAAAAGAUAAUCAAAUACUUAAAGAUAAAAAAAUUAUAGACAUAAACAAUAAUACUUAAAAUGAUCUUGAUGACACAUGGGUUGUGAUUACAAAAACAAAAAAGUAUAAAAAGAAGUCAAACCGAAAAUUGACUACUUCUUAAGAUAAUUAGUCCAAAUAAUAAAAAUCUCCUUAGAAACCAAUUCCACCUACUAUUACGGAAUAAUCCGUUAAAUCAAAUGCUCAUGAUAUUGUUCUUUUUUAAAACUAGAAAAACAAUCCUUAGGAAAUUGAAACAAUAAAAUAAAAAAUAUUUAUUGCAAAUACUGAAAAGAUUUUAAAAUCAGAAAAUUAAGAAAUUGAUAAUCGAUCAUAACAAAACUUUUUAAAAGAGGAUCAAAUUUCUUUAACUUAAUUAGGAUAAGUAAAUAGUACAAAGUAAUCACAACAAUUCAUAUAAAUAAUGGAUUUGAAUCUUAAAAUUCCAUAAGAGUGUAAUAAAUUAUUUAAAAGAAACACUAAUGUGAAUCAUCAUUUAGAUGAUUAAAAUUCUCCUUUUAAAUAAAUAAUAAAAGAAGAUUAAAUUGAUUAACAUAUUAUGAAUUAAGCAAGAGCCUUAAUGAUUAAAAAGCUUGAUAUGGAUAUGAGAGAAUUUAAUGAUAUUAUUUUAGGUUAGAAUCAAUAAAUUCUAAAAUUAAGGAGAAUAAUUUAUGACAGAUUAUAAUUUGUUAUUAAUUAUCUUUUUAGAGGUUUUAUUUAUCACAUAUCAUAGCUAGAUUUUAAUUCUUAAGUACGCCUUUUUGGUUCAUGUGCAACUGGUUUAGCUCUUCCAGAAAGUGAUAUUGAUAUAGGAAUAACUGGAUUUGAAAUGUGUUCAACUUAAUAGUUAUAUAUACCUAUUUAGAAGCUAACUGAAUUUCUCUAAAAAAUGAGAUGGGUUAACAAUAUUGUGUAAUUUAAAUUUAUAUUAUUUUAUAGUGUUAUCACUUCAUCAGCUAUGCCAUUAAUCAAAUUAUAAGUAGAUCCAAUUAUUUCAUUUGUAUAAUCUUCAUUACCAAUAGGCUUACCUUACAUAGAUCUAAUUAUAAAGUAUUAAUAUUAAAUUAAUAAUAAAAGUCCUGAUGAAAAUAUUACAAGAUAGAUAUUUAGUGUAGAUAUUAGUUUCAUUUAAUAUUCAGGUCCUAAAUAAAAUUAACAUUUGGGUUUAAUUUCUACAGAAUUAACUUUAUAAUGGUUGUCUUUUUAUAGUGAAUUGAGAGCAAUUGUAUUAUUAUUCAAAAGUUUACUGAAGAAAAGAGGACUUAAUGAUUAAUUUAAAGGAGGAAUGUCCUCUUUUUGUAUAAUUCAAAUGGUUUUAGCUUUUUUAGAAUGUUUCUAUCAUUAAAAUUAGGCUUCUUCUAUAGGUUACACAACCUAUAAUUUUUUGAAAUUUUAUGGGACUGAAUUUGAUCCCAAAACAACAGGAAUAAGUUAUAAAGGAUUUAAUGAAAAGUAAUUAAUAUUAUUAUUAAAUUUUUAUAGUCCAUUCUAUGAUUUAAAUGAAUUUGAUGAUUAAUCAGAAAUUACUAUUGUGUCUCCAAUUACAAAUGAAAUAAUCAGUUCAGCUACAUCAUUUGUUUUAACAAUAUUAUAAGAUUUAAAGGCUUUAUAUUAAGCAACAGAAAAUGAAGUAAUCUUUUUUUAUGAGAAAUUAAAAUAUAAUAAAAAAAAGAAAGGAAAGAAAGAGGAAAGAAAUUUAUUUUAAAAGGAAUUAAAUAAACUUAGACCUCUCUUUAGCACUACUGUAUAUAAUAAAACUUGA